UGUGAGCUUGAAUAACAAAAUUCUUUUGUCAUAAUAUUCGAUUAGUAUGAUAGAAAAAAGUCACUUUUUGAGUCAUAGUCAUUGAAUUAAAUUGAACGAAACUGCGAUUUAUCUUGUCAAAUGCAAGAAAAUCCAAAUUGUUGUUGUGAACGGGCGUAAAACUGUCGACUUCAGGUGUUCAAUUCAAUUAAUCUUUUUUUAUCAUCGAAUACAUCGAAUCGAAGCAAUCAACAUGCAAGAAAAUCAUCCAGAAUUGUAUGAAGAGGUGAAAUUGUAUCGAAAUGCUCGCGAACGUGAGAAGUACGAUAAUAUGGCUGAACUGUAUGCACUAAUAAAUACGUUACAAAAUUUGGAAAAAGCAUACAUUUGGGAUUGUAUUACACCGCAAGAAUACACAGCAUCAUGCUCAAAACUAUUGGUGCAAUAUAAAGUGGCCUUUAAACAAGUUCAAAGCGAUGAAUUCCCAACCGUGGAUGCCUUCGUAAAGAAAUUCCGGCUGGACUGUACAGCUGCACUGGAACGUAUUAAAGAGGAUCGCCCAAUUACAAUCAAAGAUGACAAAGGGAACACAAGCAAAUGUAUCGCCGAUAUUGUCUCAUUGUUUAUUACAUUGAUGGAUAAACUGCGUUUGGAAAUCAAAGCAAUGGACGAAUUACAUCCGGAAUUACGUGAUUUGGUUGACACAAUGAAUCGUUUGUCAUUGAUCCCAUCGGGAUUUGAGGGCAAAGAAAAGGUUACCAAUUGGCUCAAUACAUUGAACGCGAUGCAAGCAUCUGAUGAACUUAGCGAAUCACAAGUGCGACAAUUGCUAUUCGAUCUUGAGACCGCUUAUGCGGCAUUCAAUAAUUUACUGCACAGCACAUAGAGAUUAUCAUUAUUAAAAAAUGUUACUAUUCUAUUCAUUCACGUUCACAAGUGAAUCAAACUAACUCAUUAAGCUUCUUUUCUUUUUCUUUCAAUUUUCUUUUAAAUUUCUUCGUUAAGAUUUAUAAGAUAUGUAAUUCUUAUACCAAAUAAAAAAAAGCAACACACAUUUCUUAACAACCAAAA